AAAUAUUUACAUUUCAGGUCAGCUGAUUUCCAUCCACAUGACUAGAAUUAGCUAAGAAUCCUUGCAACUCGUUUAAAUUAUUGCUCAUCUUUACUAAAGUAUAAAUACCAGAUACGUAUAGUUAUUUCUGUUAAGUAACGAUAGUUCUUUUACUUUUAUAGUUAUCAACCGGUUAGCUUAGCUAGCCGUUAGCAAGACUCUUCAGGAAGCUAAAACUGAGAUCUCGUUGAAUUCGAGUUUGUGGAAAUGGACAAGAUCAUUAAAGAUGUGGGGGAUAUCCAGUCAAGACUACUGGACCACAGACCUGUUGUCAGUGCAGAGACCCGCUACUUUGUGAGAGAGUUUGAGGAGAAGCGAGGCCACAGGGAGAGUAGACUGCUGGAGAAUCUCAAUAAAAUUGUGCUGGAAACAAAUGAGCAAAUGCUGCAGACAAAUUCAGAGGACAUCGGCCAGCAGCUGGCGGACGUCAUUGCACGAUUAGGAGCCGCUAAUCACAUGGCACAAAGAGUCCAGCAGAGGGAGCUUGAAGCACAGCAGAGCACGCAGCUGCAGGCGAAUAUGGAACGUCUGAAAGAUGAGUGGGCAGAGUUUCUGAAGGAGCAGCAAAGAUUAAAGGAAGAGGUGGAUGAGGAGCACGCAAAGGCUGUAGGACAGCUCAGUACUCACUACAGUGAAAAGAAGAAGGACUUGGAAAAAUUUUCACCCCUCUAAUCUGUUGAUGUAUGUGAAGGAGUCACUGAGGAAACACUGCUGUGUAUUGUAUGAACACUUGUGUUUAGCGUGGACAUGGAAGCAAUACACACACUCAGCCAAAGCCAAGGCCUGCUCUACACAUGCAAAAUAAAGCUGUCGGCUUUGAUUGAUGUACUCUGUGUUUGGCAAAAACAAGUAGAACAUGUAGAGGUUUUGCUCCUGCACAAGAGUCACCAUUUUCCAAAUCAUAAAUAGUAAAGGUGUGAUUAACAAUGUGGCAUUUUAACAGGCCAUCAGAAUCACGGUUUUCGUUCUUAAACACAUGGAAUAUGUACAAAAGGUCUGGAAUAUGUCAUUUUUAAACAAGCAAUCAUCUGAUUGUUUCUUGGCCGUGAAGUUUUCAACAUUUCAAGAUGUGUAAUGGAUGCCUGCCUAAAGUCUGUUAAUGAUAAAUUUGCAUGAGACUCAAGUUAAAAGAAACCUGAAAUUUCUCACUAAGGUGAGAUAUUCCAAGCUCUGAAAGCAAAGAUCAUUUAGUGUUAAAAACUGCCUUCGGAGCAGGUGUGUUUAAAGCACAGGUGAAGUGUUGUAGAAAUGAGCUCAAACAGAGCUGUUUUCCAGAACAAAUCAUCCCUCCCAGGCUCUCCUGUGUUUGGAACAUUUGAACUCCAACAUUAAAUUUAAGUAAAUCAACUGUCUGUGCAGUAACUUUUAUUAUAAAAGGCCUUUGCAACUUGAACAAUCGUCACCAGCUGUUUUCUGUUUGCUUUACCACCUGCAAUGUGAUUUUAAUGAUCACAAAUCCAGUAUUUGUCUUACUGUGUAAACAGAAAAAGACAUAAAUCAGAUUUCUUUACGUCUUUUCUGAUUAAACAGCAGCUACAUUGCCAGUACAUUUAUGUAUGAAUAUAUUGUAAUGUUUUCCAGCUACCUGUAGUUCCUGUGUUUGAUGCAUGUAUUUGUACAAUUUAUCACAGCUGCACAGCUACACGUGCUGCAUGAUUCUAUAAAGCAUAUUUUAAUAUGAAUCUAAUGAAGUUA